AAUGGGGAAAACAAAUCAAAUCUGAGUGACUCUCAACUGGCCCAAAGCAUAAUCAUAUCAAAUCUGGUGAAGAAGUUUGAGCGUCUAUCUGAAGGAACAGCAAAGCAGGAAAACCCAACACUCCUGAAUGAGAUCUACACAGAGCUCUACAUCACAGAGAGUGAGAGAGGAGAGAUCAGUAAUGAGCAUGAAGUGAGACAGAUUGAGGCACAAUCCAGGAGAGCAGCAACAGAGGACACACCAAUCAAAUGCAAUGACAUCUUUAGAACUUUACCUGGACAAGAAAAACCCAUCAGAACUGUGCUGACAAAGGGAGUCGCUGGCAUUGGAAAAACAGUCUCUGUGCAGAAGUUGAUCCUUGACUGGGCUGAAGGGAAAGAGAAUCAGGACGUCCAGCUCAUAUUUCCACUUCCUUUCAGAGAAAUCAACCUGAUGAAAGACAAAACACUCAGUCUUUCAGAUCUUCUUCAUGUAUUUUACCCUGAAACCAAAGAUAUGGAAAUAUCUAGUGAUGAAUAUAAAGUGUUGUUCAUCUUUGAUGGUCUGGAUGAGUGUCGCCUGUCUCUGGAUUUUCAGAGCGAUGUGAGGUUGUGUGAUGUAAGUGAAUCAGCUUCAGUGGAUGUGCUGCUGAUGAACCUCAUUGUGGGGAAUCUGCUUCCCUCUGCUCUCAUCUGGAUCACCUCCAGACCAGCAGCAGCUGAUCUCAUCCCCUCUGAGUGUGUCCAUCGAGUGACAGAGGUACGAGGCUUCAAUGAUCCACAGAAGGAGGAAUACUUCAGGAAGAGAAUCAGUGAUCAGAGUCUGGCGAAUACAAUCAUCUCACACCUGAAGUCUUCAAGGAGCCUCUACAUCAUGUGCCACAUCCCAGUGUUCUGCUGGAUCUCAGCCGCUGUUCUGGAGAAGAUGUUGAGUGAAGCAGAGAGUGGAGAGAUUCCCAAGACUCUCACUCAAAUGUACACACACUUCCUGAUCCUUCAGACCAACAUCAAGCAAGAAAAGGACUAUGAGAAUACAGUCAAAGAUGAAGAUAUGAUCCUCAAACUGGGGAAACUGGCUUUUCAGCAGCUUGUGAAAGGCAACCUGAUUUUCUAUGAGGAAGACCUGAGAGAGUGUGGCAUUGAAGAGACAGAAGCAGCAGUGUACUCAGGAUUGUGCACUCAGAUCUUCAGAGAGGAGUUUGGCUUGAACCAGGGGAAAGUCUUCUGUUUUGUUCAUUUGAGCAUCCAGGAACAUCUAGCAGCUCUAUAUGCACAUCUGUCCCUUAUGAAAAAAAACAGAAAUGUGUUUAUUACUCUUUCUUCUAGUCCUUUGAAGCAUUUGAAGAAGGCUUUAAAUGUUUCACCAUCUGAGCUGCAUAAGAGAGCUGUGGAAAAGGCCUUGAAGAGUAAAAAUGGACAUCUGGACCUUUUUUUGCGUUUUCUUCUGGGUCUCUCAUUGGAGUCCAAUCAGACUCUCUUACGAGAACUACUGACACAGACAGGAAGCUGCUCUUACAACAAUGAGGAAACGGUUAAGUACAUCAAGCAGAAGAUCAAGAGGAAUCGCUCUCCAGAGAGAUCCAUCAAUCUGUUCCACUGUCUGAAUGAACUGGGUGAUGAUUCACUGAUUCAGGAGAUUCAAGAUUAUCUGAAAUCUGGAAAAAUAAAAGAAACCAAACUCUCAUCUUCACAGUGGUCAGCUCUGGUUUAUGUGUUGCUGACAUCAGAGCAGAAGAUGGAUGUUUUCAAACUAAAACUGUUCAUUGGAUCCCAAAAUACAGCAGAUGAAGUUCUUCAGAAGCUGCUGCCUGUGGUCAAAGAAUCCAAAUUAGUUCAGUUGAUGGAUUGUGGUGUUACAUAUGAAGGUUGUGCUGCUCUGGCUUCAGCUCUAAAAUCAAACCCCUCACACAUGAGAAAUAUGAAUCUGUCACUAAAUAAAGUAGGAGCAUCAGGAGUGAAGCUGCUCUCUGAUGGACUGAAGGAUCCUCACUGUAAACUGGAAAAGCUGCGGUUGGGUAAGUGUGGUGUCACAGAUGAAGCAUGUGCUGCUCUGGCUUCAGCUCUGAGAUCAAACCCCUCACACCUGAGAGAACUGGAUCUGUCACUGAAUAAACUAGGAGACUCGGGACUGAAUCUGCUCUCUGAUGGACUGAAGGAUCCUCACUGUAGACUGGAAACACUGCGGUUGAGUGAUUGUGGAGUCACAGAUGAAGGUUGUGCUGCUCUGACUUCAGCUCUGAGAUCAAACCCCUCACACCUGAAGGAACUGGAUCUGUCAAUGAAUAAAUUAGGGGCGUCAGGACUGAAUCUGCUCUCUGAUGGACUGAAAGAUCCUCUCUGUAUUCUGGAGAUACUGCGGUUGAGUUAUUGUGGAGUCACAGAUGAAGGUUGUGCUGCUCUGGCUUCAGCUCUGAGAUCAAUCCCCUCACACCUGAGAGAACUGGAUGUGUCUGGAAAUGAACUAGAAGACUCAGGAGUGAAUCUGCUUACGGCUGGACUGAAAGAUCCUAUCUGUAAACUGGAGAUACUGCGGUUGAGUGAUUGUGGAGUCACAGAUGAAGGUUGUGCUGCUCUGGCUUCAGCUCUGAGAUCAAACCCCUCACACCUGAAAGAACUGGAUCUGACUGGAAAUAAACUAAGAGACUCUGAUGUAAAGCUGCUCUCUGCUCUGAAGGAUAAUCCACCUUAUAAACUGGAAACGCUUAAGUUUUAGAUGUUAGUCUGAUCUUCUCUGGAUCAGCUGAUGGUGAAUAAAGAGACACUACAGACAGAUCACAUUCAUCAGAAUCAACAGACACAAACCCAUAGUGAUCAUCACACACGUGUAACUUUCAAGAAUCAUCCUGUUGUUAAUUCAAAGUCAAACAAUGAAACCUGAAACCUAUUUAUUCCUAUAAACAAUAUAUAAACACUUAUAAGCUACUACUAAAUAUUGUAGAAACUUAAUUUUCUGUAAAGUUGCUUUGUAA